CGCCCUGUGUCUGACAGACCAACCGACAACCCCGGCAAGAGGGGGGCGCUCUGUUGCUCUCUCGUGAUGCUUCGGCUGCUGUCGGGGGAGAUAGACGAUGCCGUACGGGAGGUCAAGUUAAUAGAGGAGGCCCUGUCCGGCAGCGCCGGUUGCGACGCCGGGGGCAGCGGCUCGUACCUCGGGCUAACCGACCGUGGGGCCUUGCUGGAGUUGCUCCUUUGCGCCCGACGGCAGCUGAACCUGCUUCGAGAGAAAGAGGUAGCAAUCCUCAAGUCUUCUGCUGCUACGGAGGGGCGAUCCGAUCAGCACUUUGACGAAGAACCUUCGCCGUCGACCGCUACGGGGGUUUGCCAACCCGGAGGAGGCGUUAGCGACACAAGAAGACUCUCGGACGUGACGACUUGGAUGUCGUGCAGGAGUCUGCUGGACAGCAUGGGCGUGGGGGACAUCCGCCUAGUGCACUCGGCGGUGCCAAGAGCGAAGCUGAGCGUAAUCGUCGACGCGUUGCACCUGUUUCAAUGGCCGGGGGCGGCCGCGGCAAGGAGCCUCGCCGCCGGCGCUCGGUAUCGGGCCGCGGGGGACCAAGAACAGGCCGGGCUCCACGCCUACCUGAAUGCCGUCAUCCCCCCGGGGGACGCGAACGAGUGGGUCAUUCCUGUCGUGGGGGGGCAAGACCCCGGCGCCGCGGCCGAAAGCGGCGGCCACGACAAUAACUCCUCCGACUUCUUGUCCGUACCGUGCGACGGUAGCUGGAGACGAGGCCGCCGCUCUUGCCAGGCGAGGGACGGGCGGGCGGCGGCGACUGAAGGGGGGGGGGGUACGCAGAGGGCAGUUCGCGGGGGAGUACCCUCCGCGGCGAUCUGUCUCUCCGAGGCCAUCAGCUGCGGGGCCCCCGCCUCCGGCUUGCGGGUGCUGUUGGAGGUGGUUCUGCCUCAGGAAACGUCGGCUAUCGCUAACGGCACCGCCAUCGCGAGCUGCAAGAACGGCGAGGAUAACGGCUGUCGCCGUGGCAGAGGCAGCUGCCGCGGCGCGCUGUCGCCGCGUGCCGCGGGCGCGGGCAGGCAGCAGGCGACGGGGCUGUACCGGGCGAUCGGGGCCCUCGUCGCGGCGAAUCGCCGGAGUCCUCUGACGAGGCCCGUGGUCGUCCUAACCGACCUGCAGGCCUCCUGGAAGCUGCUCUGGCUGGGCGGGGCGCGCUCGGACCUAGCUCCGGCCGGAGAGGCGGCGGCGGCGGAGACGGCCUUCCACCAUGCGGCAGCAACCACCGUCGACGGCGACGAGGUUGACAUAUUUGUGUGGAGGAUGAGUCCGCGCGAUGCGAUCUCGGUCGUACGGUCCAUGCUGGAUGAGGAGGCCGUGGGGUGGGACGGACAGGUCUCGUGGGCGCCUCGUCAAGGUGAUGCUGCUGCUGCUGCUGCUGCUGCUGCUGCUGCUGCUGCUGCUGCUGCUCCUGGGGGGGGCGGUACACUCGGCGACGACGGCUUUCACGCUCUCGCAUGGGCAAACGAAGGAGCAGCAGGAGGAGGAAGAGGAGGAGGAGGAGGUGGAGUUGCGGCAGGAGAAUCAAAGGGCCCAAUGGAAUCGCUGAGAGACCGGCAUCUCGUCGGCCGUCGCAACUUCGGCCGGCCUCACUCUUGUCCCCGCCAUGGGGGCUCGCGGGCGGCUUCGUCCGCUGCUGCCGCCAACGGCGGCAGCGGCGGCGGCGGCGGGGGGGUAGAAGCCUACAUGGGGGGAAUCGCUAGCACCUCGAGCCCCCCGCUGGCGAUGGAAAUGGCGCUGCGCAGGGAGCACGCCUCUUCCUUCACGGGGAAUAGCUUGCCCGGGCAGUGGACAGCAACGGGGGGUAGCUUUGGGGAGGGCGGGGAGCUCCCGCCGAGAGAGUGCCGAGCCUUUUCGGCCGGCGUUCAGCACGCUAGUGACGGGUUAAACAGGGCGGCCGAGAUGAUGGGACGGCGGUCUACUUUUGCGAAUCUCUACCCGCUCCAUGGAGGAGUAGGCGGCGGCAACAGCGGAGGAGGGGGAGCGGGGGACGAAGGGUACUCGGUCGACGAUCGCUUCCGGGGGCGGCUUUCGAACGGUAAUGAUCAUUCUACCAACGGCGGCGCGACGCCCAGAGAGCAUCGAGGCGGAAGCUUCAACAACGACGGCAGAGGCUCAUCAGACAACAACAACACUAGGCAGCGCUCCUUUACGGCCUCGUCCCCUCGAACGCGACCGCUGUCAUCGCCAUCUGCUCCGGUUAACCCGCUCGCCGACCCGACCAUCCUCCGACAUCUCAUCUCCUUCGCCGCGAGGAACGGCUUUCUGUUCGUCGCCGGGGUUUCCAGGAGCUGGAGGGAUGCCUGGGGCGUCGAGCGGCCGCCGGAGACGGAGGUCGAUGCGGCCGUGCAGUCGCCCUCUCGGCUGGGGUGGGCGAGGGCCAGCGGGCUGGGCUGGGGGCCGAGCGUGUGCGCGCGGGCUGCGUCGGGGGGGCACCUGGCGACGCUGCGGUACGCCAGGGCUCUGGGCUGUCCUUGGGACUGGACUUGCUGUGCGCUGGCCACCACGAAGGCUCUUGUCCCGGUGAGCACGAUGAUCCAGUGGGCCGCAUCACAGCCAGCGUCUUCCUCCUCUUCUGUGGUUGCUGACGACCCUUUGCGACCGAAGCGCCUUGAGGUGCUCAAGUGGUGCAGAGAGAACGGGUGCCCUUGGGACGAGGCUACAACGUCCGAGGCUGCCCGGGAGGGAAACAUGGAAAUCUUGCGGUACGCCGUGGGCAACGGCUGUCCUAGGAACGUGCUAAUGUGCGCGUACGCCGCGGCGGCAGGCCACUUGGAAACCCUCAAGUGGGCAAGGGAGGAGGAUGGCUGUGGCUGGAACGAGGCGACGUGUGCGUUCGCGGCAGCAGGGGGUCACUUGGAAGUCCUGGAAUGGGCGAGAGAGAGGGGUGCCCCAUGGGGAGAGGAGACGUGCGCAAGUGCCGCCAGGGGGGGGAGGCUUGAGGUUUUGAAGUGGCUGAGAAAGCACGGGUGCAAGUGGGGGGCGGGGACGUGCGGCAACGCGGCCGAGGGCGGACACUUUGACGUCCUUAUGUACGCCAGGGGGGAGGGGUGUCCGUGGACUGAGGCGACCUGCACGCUAGCCGCGAGGGGAGGUCACCUGGAGAUCCUCAAGUGGUGCCGCAAGAACGGCUGCAGUUGGGCCUCCGCGACGUUCAGGGCUGCCGCGGGCGUGGGCAACCAGGAGAUGCUUUGUUUCCUGUUCGAGGAGGGUUGCCCCUGGGACCGCCGGACUUGCGCCGCGGCCGCGAGGAACUCGGACCUCGAGACCCUCAAGUGGCUGCGGCUCAAGGGCUGCCCGUGGGACUCGCGGGUGCUGGACGCCGCGGCGGAGGUCGGGGCGAUGGACGUGUUCGAGUGGGCAGUGAGCAACCAGUGUCCUUCCUGACAGAGAUGUGCCGGUCCGCGGUGGUAGCCUGGGCCGCCGACGCCGCGAAGCGGACGGCAUGAUGUGGUUGGGAAGGCGCCGCCAGCACAGGCGGUGCCAGCUUGCGUUGCCCAGGCAACGCACAGCGGUUGAAUCGUUCUUUUGAGAGGGAUGGAGACGGGAUGGGACCCAAUCAAGAACUGUCUGUGCCUAGACCAAGGACAGACCCCCCAGCGGGGCCUCUGCGUGGGGUAAUUGAGUCCCGGCAGCCGUUCAGAGAUGGCAAUUAUGAUACGGCUCCACCGGGGUGCUCUGUUGGUGUAAGCACCCAAGCAGCAUGGAGCAAGGCUGGAGGAAUCGAUGAUGGAAAGCUGCGCACGCUUCGAUAGGUGUAUUUUUUGUCGUUGCGAUUUCUGCCGAGGGUGUUGGACCCCAGGGGGCAUCUUUCAAGGGGGGGGGGCGGGGGGCGGGGGGGGGGAGGCUAGACGUAAACAAGCAUAGACGCCCCCCUCGAGUUGGUCAAGUGCAUGUUCUGCUUUAGGUUUCAUGCUAUUUAUAUCUAGGCUGUUUGUAUUUUCGAUUCUACAGCAGUCGCUCACGCGGUGCAGCAGUGUCCCGGCAAUAAGUCGUUGACCCAAGCCCGUCCAAUAGUGCUGACUUAAAAGUCGGUGAUUUUGAUGCCGCCUGACGAAUCUUGGGGUUGAGUGUUGAAUGUUUGGGAGUUGUUAGAGGGUAUCAUAAUGAUUGUUGUAGCAUUUUCAUCGUGUUAGAGGUACCUUAGACUUCCAUUGGUGUGGGGAUUGGAUAGCUCGACUUAAUGUUUUGUUUUGGGGAAGAUUGGUGUGGAAGAAACUGCGAUUGCAUGGUGUGCGCGCGUUCUAGACUUACGGAUGAAUCCAUUGUUUGGACGCCGGAGAAGGCGAUCCACGCUAGAGCACAAGGCGUGAUCAUAGAAAAACUGCUGUUCCGUUUAUUACAUGUUUAACCGUUUGUAGAGUUCGAGUAGUAGAGGUCGAGGACCCCAAAAAUGUGGCGCAACGGGCGGCGGCUAGUUUUCGGUGUCUGUCUGUGGUGGGCUGAAUAGAGAUGAAAGCAACGAGGGACGUGUGUGUCGUUGUUGUUGUUUUUAGGCGUUCUUCUUCGACUUCCAAAGGCACGACUGAAUGGUGUUUUUGGAAGACUCUCCUCUUUCGAGUUUUGCCGGGGCCGUUGGAUGGUAGACCCUCCUUCGGGAGGAAGGAGAGAAGGCGUCAGGAAGGCGCUUCGCGCGCGAGAUCAGUAUGUUUGCCUUGCGUCGCCCCCAAGUUUGUACGAUGCGAUUCUGUCGAGUAGCAUAGUUUUUGGGGCCGUUGUCAUUAUUGUUGCCGGGUAGGGGGGGAGCAUGGGGGGUCGCAACCGGUGCUUAUUAAGGGAGAAUGGGUAUUUCUUCGAGCAUUCUGUGUGUGAAUUUAUGUUGCGGGCAUAUGUACCGUGAGUGAAUUUGUUGCGGGGUGAGGGGCGGGUCGCAACUUGUGAUCUCUUAUGGAAGAAUGAGUGUAUCGUCGAACAUGCCGUGAGUAGUUGUUGGCGUGCCAGAGGAAGUUUUUUGCGUUUGAUAUGUUGGCUUUGCGGUACGCAGCUCGUCGGCUGUAACCGGAGCGCAACAACGGACCUUUGUUGUUUGUGUUGUUGCACAUUUUGACCCAUGGCCUGACGGAAGAAUGAUAGAGAAGAGGAGAGGAGAGAGCGUUGAUGUGUGGUGUCCGGUGGACGUUAAGCUGCAAGCAUGUCGAUUGCAAUCAAUCACAGAGGCCAAGUGCUCUCUGUCCUUAGAAGUGUCUCCCUGUCUAGAUGUUUUUUUUUUCCAAGAAAUUGGAUUUAUCGAAGGAGGGACAAACCUGAAAUUGUUUCUUGGGUGCAGGACAGACAAGCAGCUAGCUAGACAGGGCGUGUGCUUUUGGAGUGCUUGCGUGAUGGUGUACGUACGCGUACCCUCUCCUGUCCGCCCAAACAAAGCCACGAGUCAAUUCAUUUGUUUUUCGCUGGGACGAACGUGAAGGGCGACGGGGCGGGCGUGCUCCCGGUGUGCGUAUUCUGGUAGCCCAUGGCGCCUGUUUGUUGAGCGUUCCUGGGAUCCACCUUGGUUUUAGAUAUUAGAGGAGUGGUGAGGAGGGUUGCAGAAGGUGGCCCGCUCUCUCGUUAAUGUUUUCCUCGUCAGGGUUACUGGUGCGGUGUUGUGCCCAGAUAUGUUUGUUCUAAAUGCCGUCGAUAUCUGGGUCUUAACGAAUUGAACCGCGGUUGGUUUUGCGACCGUUGAUUUUUGAGUUUUUUUUUUAUAUAUAUGAAGCUGUUGCAUGUACACAUGCACGGAAGGCCGGCCGAAUACCUGCCGUUUCGUCGCGUGUGCUGUUGUUAUCGAGAGGGCGGUGGUGGUGUGUACCAGCCAUGCGGAGUCGAAGGUGUCGUCGGUGUUGCUCGCGCGAUCGACGAAUUCCCGCAGGUUUGCCGGUAUCUUUCUACAAUAAGUUGUCGUGUCAAUGCCGACGUAAAAAUAAUCGGCUUCUAUGCGUACGCAGCGAUACGAACGCCUCUUCUGAAGAAGGGUGCAUGCAAAUGCUAGAGCUGCUCGGGUGGAGAGGACAAACGCCGUACGGUAUGCAGAAGCUGCGAGCGACGGUGAUUAUUCGGAAAGUACAAGCGACGAGCGGCAAGUAGUUCCCACUUCAUGCGGGGCGUGUGCUCGGUUUCAGGUUCAUUGUCCCUCCCCCUCCGUCGUUUGCUUACACACGUGUGUUUGCCGUUGGCGUGAAACAUGCCGGAUUCAGGGGCUGCAACGAUACAGCCGCAGCCGGGGUAACCUGCUGCUAAACGUGCCGUAGAAAGCACCUUAGCGGAAGGAAUUAUGUAGUAGCAGUGUGGAGAUCAGGGAAGCGAAGGUGUAUUUCACGGACGGAUGAUAGUGUUCCCUCGUGACGUGCAAGCGUUGGACGAACGGAUGUGUGCAUACGGUGUGUGGAUAAAUGUUUAGUAAUGUGAGGGAAAACAACCGGUUGCCUACCAACUACCCGUCGUCGUACGGAUGCAACAAGAUACUCAUCACACUACUUUUCUUGUGCGAAUCUUCAUAUCUUGACUGCUCUCUAAACCACCUUGGGAGAAAAAGGGAAACCCUUUAGAGGACCAGCAUGUUUGCCGGAAGCAAGCUGCGAUACCAAUGAAUACAUCUUUAGUUCCGUGGGGGGAAAAAUCGUCAGAAUCUGGUUGACGAGCAAGUGUGAUACUGCUGCUGUGCACCUCUGCUGCAACGCCUUGUCUCUAUUUCAUGCCUGGAAGAUGGAAAGAUACCGCAGACCAUUUUUAGCAAGUCGACAACACAAUGCAGCGGGUGCUGCUGUGUUGUUCACUUGGCUCCCAGAGAAUGUCAUCGUCGCAUUUGUUCCACAAACAAAACCCCGGCAAUCACGGGCAUGACCGCUGCAUAUUGUAUCGUCACGAACAUGCGAUACCACGGCGGAAGCGAGACCCAAAUAUUUCUUGGGGGUGCGAGCUGGGAUAUAUUUUGCUGACUUUGGGGGUGAAGUCGCUCUGGAAUGUCAUGUACAGCACGAAGUGGUUGUACGCAUAGUAUACUACAUAGAAGCGGUUUACCUACAGUACUUCGUACUGUACCACUGCUGUAGCUGCUAUAUACAGAGUAGUACAUACAGCAGUCGAUGGUUUUUCACCGAAUCUUCAAGAUUCGAUAUUUUCCCGUUUGGUCUAAUUGCGCCGCUUCCCGAGAGUUUUCCAGAACCGGUUCUCUGUUGCUGCUGAUGCCGCACCUGACCACCUUAAAGCUCAGGGCUCGGGUGAGGACGUCGUGUCUUGAUGCGAGCUCUCACGCGAAAGGGAGAGGCGGCAAACAACUCAGCGGGAGAUGGAAAAUACGCACGCCGCAGCGCCGUCGUUGAAGCUGUCCCGUAUUUGAUAAAGGACACGCAGUCUCACAUCGUAACCUCGAGGGCGACCUCCCCGCAGCUCUUCAACCCUCACGUACGCGACCUCUCAGGAAGCAGUAGCUCUUUGUGAACUUACCAUUGUCUAGGUGUAUCAUGGACAGGCGGCGUCUGCAGGAGCUCCGCGAAGUCUAUAACCAGCUCUCCCAGCAGAGCACGGGGCCGGAUGGAUCCUCUGUCGCAGCAGCCGCAGCAGCCGCCGCUGCUGCAGCCGCCCUGAGCUCCGUGCCAGCUCCGGCGGCAUCAUUAGCAGCAGCGGGAAGCACCGCUGCUGCCGCUAGCCACACACAAGACAGUAGCAACCGCAGCGGCCUGGGUCGCACGCCCCCUGCUGAAGAAGACUUGCCCCUG